CUUGGUUUAAAUGCAGCAGUUUCCUCAUUUUUGAAACCAAUAACAAAACCCAACCCAAGCAAACAAAAGCAAAGUAACAAAGAGACAAACCACCCUCUGGUUUUCCUCGAAGACCGAGGAAAGAUAGAUAGAUGCAGGGAGAGAGAGAGAGAGAGAGCACAGAAAACUCUAUCUCAACCCACACGAGCGGGUCUCGAGUUGCAUGCUCCCAACCCCCCCGCCCCUCCCUCUCUCUCUAUUUCUAAAGAAGAAAGAGAGAGAAAGUGAUUGGAAAAGGAGAUAACAGACAUCAUCAGUAGUCUCAAAAUAAGGACCUGACCUCAGAUGAAGAGCUGGAUAUAGAGAGAGAGAGAUAGGGAGAGAGAAUCGUGGGGUUUCAUCUCUUCUUUUUGUUCUUUUGCUUUCUCUUUCUUCCACCCCACAGUGACCCAUUUCCUUUUCUUGUUUUUCGUCUUUCAAACGUUAUAUUUUGUUUCCUUAAUUUGAUUCCCCCUUCCAAGUAGUGGGUUGCAGUAUUAACACCCCCCCCCCCCCCCCCCCCCCUCUCUCUCUCCCCCCCCUCCCCCCUCCCAUUUUCAUCGCCCCUUUCUCUCUCUCGACUUUUCGUUCUCUUUGAAGCAAACCCUUCGACCGGCCAUGGAUACCCAGUAGUUUCUUGGCCCGUCUUUCUCCUUCAUUUCAGUAUCAAAAGCUUUUUUCACCUUUUCUCAUCCUGCAGCAGUGUAUUUUCUUUCUCCUCUUCUUUGCUUCGAAUAUUUUUCCCUUCAUUUUUCUCUCCUUUUCCCCUUCUGGUUUCAUCCGAGUUUUCUAGUACGAAAUGAGUCCACAGCAACGAAUCAAUGGCGAUGGUGGCCGUGGCUACAAUGGGUUUCCGGGUAUCAAUUUUCUGAUCCCUCUUCCUAUAAACUAUGUUGGAGAGAGAGAGGUUCCUGAAAUUGGGUAUCCUUCUCUGAGUGCUCCAAUGGAGAAACCUUGGAGCUUUAAAACAAUGCAGGAAAGCAGAGGAGCGAUGUGGGGGGAUGAGAGAAAAGGGCUCGCGUUGAACCAAGGAGAAGAUGAGGAAGAGGGAGAGGGAGAGAGGAAAUUUGGGCACACAAAACUCUGUGCCAGAGGGCAUUGGAGACCUCAUGAAGAUGCCAAACUCAAAGAGCUUGUCGCCCAAUAUGGCCCCCAAAACUGGAACCUGAUUGCGGAGAAGCUUGAAGGAAGAUCAGGGAAGAGUUGCAGAUUGAGAUGGUUUAACCAGCUAGAUCCGAAGAUCAACAAGAGGGCUUUCACCGAGGAAGAAGAGGAGAGGCUUCUGGCUGCUCACAGAAUGUAUGGCAACAAAUGGGCCAUGAUCGCUAGGCUUUUCCCCGGAAGAACUGAUAAUGCAGUGAAGAACCAUUGGCACGUGAUCAUGGCGAGGCGGCACAGAGAGCAAAACAGUGUUUACAGAAGGAGAAAACCCUCUUCCCCGCAGGUUUUCCCUGUGGGUUUUACUGUGAAUAAUCACCAUAAAAAUGCAUGCAGUGAAUCGACCAUCUCUAGCAACAACAUCGAUGAAUCUGCCUCAACUUGCACUGAUCUCUCGCUCGUUCCUUCUUCAACCAGAUUUUCCCCCCAUUUUCGUUUCAGGUUCAGGCCAGUUCACCAGCUCCAGCCCAAUAUCGGUUCGAAUGGAGAGAAAAAUGUGAGCUUUGACCGAUUUAAUGGGAUGAACGGGGACCAAUCGGCAGGCAACUCAGAUUCAAACUCAGACGUCUCUGCAACCGAUUCAGUCGCCAACCACGGGACCAAUCUUCUCCUACACAGCCAUGGAGAAACUGAGAAAACCAUCGCCUUCAUUGAUUUCCUCGGAGUAGGAGCCGUUUAGUUGGCAAGACAGACAGAAAAUGCUUCAUUUGAUGAGAGCCUGCUGGAUUUGCUGACGGAGAAAGUGGGGUUUUUGCAGGGAGUUCAAUCUACAGUACUAGUCUUUCAUGUACAGUUAGUUCCAACUUCCAUGAAGGCAGGCAAAGGGAAGACAGCGAAGCCAGAAAAAGAGGAGAGGGGGUAAAAAACAAACCAAUAGGGAGCUUUAGCUUAAAAAGGGAGGAAUUGGGUGGGGGGGGGUGGGGGGGUGUUUCAAAAUAAGCUCAACUUUCUUUGGGGGUUUUUGGAUUUAUCGAUCGAAUCUCAGUACUGUUUGUAGAGGGAUGUAACGUUUUGCAUAUCAAACAAAAGCAAAGUUGGAUGUUUGGACUGAAUAAUCAAUGGACCUGCCUGCCCGCCUGCCUUGCCUGCCCAUCUUUCAUGACUUUUCAGAUGCUCUGCCAUUGGUGUUUUACCAUGGCUUUGUUGACCCCCCCAUCUCUCUCUCAAACGGUAGCUACACGCACACACAAAUCAAUAUCAUUAUCAUUAUUAUCCAUCUUCGGCUUUUUGUGCAUUGAUGAAUUGUAUCAGUUUCAACUUUCAACAGAUGUGUGAAAAUAUCACUUUCCAGCUCUCUGAGUGCUUUAGUGAACCUGUACGUGAAUGUUAGAAACCAAAACAAGAAAAGAUGUAAAUUAAGACAGGUUUUUUGGUCUAGUGUCUUUGAAGGACUCGGAGAGAUCGAAGAAACUGUUCAUUUUGCUGUGGUUGAAAUGUGUAAAUCCCUGGAAUGCUGUGGUAGAAUGAUUUCUGGUCAUGAUAUUAAACGAUCUGUUAAGCAUCACAAUAUGAUGUUGUAAAUAG